AAUGUCCCCUUGAAGAAACAUUGAUACUUAAGAUGGAGAUUGGAUCAUUGAAUGCAUGAUGCAAUUUUUUUAUGUGAGCUUUUAUAUUCUUUUUUGCGUGGGUCAUUACACAGGCGGAUGAUGCGUCUAUCGUCAAUGCUUGCUCUUCCUCUACUCUCUCGGUCUCAUUUGCAAAAGGUAAAAGGUAACCCUAAACUCACUUCUCACCCGACACUGCCUCUCACUCACGACCCACCGCUCGCCUCACCAGUCACCGGCAUAUCUCGCCAGCCGCCACCGCCACCGCCGUAGCGCUUGAAGCCAGAUCAGGAGUUGCUCGCUGACUCACCAUUGCUGAUUGGCUGAUUGCUCGUCACUUGGAGUCUUGCUGCUGCCGACUGCUGUUAUUUCAAGGCCACCACCGGCAAGGCCGUGUUCCGUGAACUCCACCAGACCUGCAGACCAGACCAUCACCUUCUUCAAUAUUUCAAUUGACUCCAAAUUCAGGAUUCAUGAUGGUUACAUUUUGUUCAGUGCUCGUAUUCUCAACUAUAUUAAGGGUAGUUUUGAUCCUCUAUGGAGACUGGCAAGACUCCCAUAUGGAAGUUAGAUACACUGAUAUUGAUUAUCUUGUCUUUUCUGAUGCUGCUGCUUUGAUGUCUUCUGGGGAGUCUCCUUUCAAAAGGACCACCUAUCGUUAUUCACCAUUACUUGCCUUUCUACUCAUACCAAAUGCAGUUUUCCAUCGCUCUUGGGGGAAAUUCCUAUUCUCAGCAGCAGAUCUGUUAGUCGGAUACUUUAUUCACACCAUUUUGAAGCUACGUGGAGUACCUGAGAAAGUAUGCACUUACUCGGUGAUGGCGUGGCUUUUCAAUCCAUUUACCUUUACCAUAGGAACUCGUGGGAACUGUGAGCCUAUUGUCUGUGCAGUGAUCUUAUGGAUCAUUAUCUGUAUAAUGAGAGGGCGGAUAUACCAAGCUGCUUUUUGGUAUGGACUUAUUGUCCACUUCAGAAUAUAUCCUAUUAUAUACGCACUUCCCAUUGUCUUAGUUCUUGAUCCACAGUACAUCCAACCUGGUCAGAAGCCCAUUCUUGAGAAUUGGAGUUCUCACAAAGAAAAUUCACAUCAACACUUAGAUGAUACAGAACUAAAGACUUUAUGGAGUCUGCUUACGAGCCUUUUUUGUUGGACUAGAAUCUUGUUUGGGUUGAUAUCCGGUGCUAUCUUCCUUGGUUUCACAGGACUCUUUUAUUAUCUUUACGGGUGGGAAUUUCUUUAUGAGGCGUUGCUUUACCAUCUCACUCGAACCGAUCCAAGACACAAUUUCUCCAUAUAUUUCUACCACAUAUACCUCCACUAUGAACAUGAGUUCUCGAUACUAGAAAAGCUUGUCUCUUUCCUUCCACAAUUUUCUGUGCAACUAGUUCUUAUGUUCCGCUUUGCCUUGGAUCUUCCUUUCUGCUUUCUUGUGCAGACGGUGGCGUUUGUUGCAUUCAAUAAGGUGAUUACAGCACAGUAUUUUGUGUGGUUCUUUUGCUUGAUACCAGUGGUAUUGCCAUGGAGUAAGAUGAAAAUAAAAUGGAAAGGUCUCUUUUGUGUUUUGGUUUGGAUGGGGACUCAACUUCAUUGGCUAAUGUGGGGAUACUUGUUGGAAUUUAAGGGAAAGAAUGUCUUCUUACCUCUAUGGAUUGCAAGCAUACUAUUCUUGGCCGCUAACUCCUUCGUUCUCAUUGGGAUUAUUAGUUGCCAUAGAUACUCUCCAAUAUUUCAACGCCUUAAAAGGAGCUUGAAGAGUGACUGAAAGUGAAGUAGCUAGGCGAUCAAGGCCUCGAGAAUGCUAAGAUGUCCAGGUAUACUUUGAGCAUUUUGUGCUUCAUGUAUGAUUCUGAAAUUUUGUGCGAAAAGAUGUUUUAUCCUCUUAUGCUAACUAGGAAAUUUGAGACAACUAUAGGCUGAUCGCUUUGACCUUAACAGUAAGAAUGCGCUGGGCUUGGAACCGCUUUUGGAUACGUUUUACAUUGUUCUGAUAAAUCUCGAAGACUUUAGUCAAAAAUUGGCUGGCUUGAGCGUGGUCCAAUAUUCUUUUUUGAUGGUUUGGUAUUGGUUUUCAUGCGAAUUGACCUGUCAUACAUUUUUUUCUGUUGAUUUGAAGUUUUAAGUAUAAUUUCUCCAUGAUAAUUUGUUAGAAAUUAGAAUCAUGGAUGUCAUAAGUUUUUUGUUUUUAAAAAAACUGGAGCUCUUGUACAUUGAAGUGUUAUGCAGAUUAUGAGUUAUGACUACUUGGGACGUUAAUGAGUUAUAAUUACUUCCAUUAUAUUGAGAUAGGCAUAGGACUUGGAUCCAAUGUGAGCUCUAUUUUGAUUUGAGGGUUGGCUAGAGAAACCGUGCGGGCAAGGAGAAGAAGGAAUUAAUCGUUCCCGUAAGCAUUGACAAUCAAAUCCUUAUCGCAAGAAUAAAAGAGAAAGCCCUUGACCAUUAGAGCUUUAGUUAUCUAGUUUUAGACUAUGUUAAAUGUAAUAGUGCAAUUAUUUUGGAAAGUCACAUCUGUAUUAAUAACAUACAUGAGUACAAUAUGAAUUAUGAAGGUUUACAGUUGUGUAUGUGCAUUUUAAAUAACACAAA